AGUAAACAAACACAAAGGCAGCUAGCAACUUUAGCUCCGUGUGGACAGUAAAGUGGAAAGACGGUGCUUUGUUCGCGUGUCGCAGGUCAAACAUUCCAGUUGUUAACGAAGCAGCAAUGUCUUCACUUGUGUAUUUAAGAGAUUUAAUCAACGGACGACUAACUGCUGCCGCCGAAGAAAUAUUCACACACGUAGAAAGAAUCGUCGUCGAGUACGAGGAGGAGGUGGAUCGUCAGCGCAAACUGUUGGAGGUCGUUCGCAACCCUCAACUAACGUCACAGCGGAUAGACCAUCAACAGCACAAUGUCUAUGAUGAGGAGGAGGUUCUCACUGAGCAGCAGCUCUGUGACCAGGAGCAAAACUCCAGUCAGGACCAAGAGGAACCAGAGUCUCUACAGAUUAAAGAGGAAGAGGAGGAAAUCUGCACCAGUCAGGAGCAGGAGCAGCUUGAACUGAAGCAGGAGGUUGAUACCUUUAUGUUGACUACUGAUAAUGAAGAAAGUGAUCACAUGGAACCAGGACCAGACACUAACCACCAGCUCCUCUCUCAUGAAGCUGAGAGUCAAGACCAAACAGUCCACAUGAGAAAUAUUCCAGGUGAAAAGCCCCACAUGUGCAACAUUUGUAAGAAAUGCUUUGCAGGUAAAGGUACCUUGAUCGUCCACUACAGAACUCACACAGGUGAGAAGCCCUAUUACUGUGAAACAUGUGGAAAGUGUUUUCGUCAACUCUCACACUUGAUUAAACACAAAGUAACUCACACGGGUGAGAAGCCCCAUAUUUGCAACGUCUGUAAGAAAUGCUUUAGGCGUCAUGACAUUCUGAUUGAACACAUGACAACUCACACAGGAGAGAAGCCCUAUUCUUGUGAAACGUGUGGAAAGUGUUUUCGACAUGGCUCAAAUUUAAUAAGGCACAGAAAAAUUCACACAGGUGACAAGUCCCAUAUGUGCAACAUUUGUCAGGAAAGUUUUCCCGUCAAAAGUAUCUUGACGGCUCACAUGAAGACUCACAGCUGAGAACCUCUGCAGCACCUGAAAAUUAAACUCAUUUGGUUACGUGUCAAAUUUAAAAAAAAAUUUUUAAUCAUGUGACACCUCAUGUAACCAGACCCCAAUGAUCAUCAGUUAGGAACACAACACAUAUGAGCUGAGUAGUGUUUUGUGUUUCCAUAGCAUGACUACAUGCAAAAAAUGAAAUAAGUCAAAGAAGUUGUUAAAAAUUAAUCAGUCAGUCAGCAACUUUUGGCCUCUCUGCUUUUUUUAAAAAAAUAAAAAAUUAGCCAGGAAGGUCCUUUUGAGAUACAAGAUCUCUUCUUGCAGGGAGUCCUGGUCAAGUUACAGUACACAUAGUUACGGAGACAAAACAAUUUCAGAUAUAAAACUCACUUUAGAAUAUAAAAGCUAAAAGGAAGUCAUUAAAUGAGACUAAAAAAGAGAGACCUAAUGAAAGUAGACAUUUACAGGUCAUAGUUGUUGUUGUCGAAAACAGUGUCUGGGAACUGUACAAGUAAAAAGAUAAAAAGGAGAAUGCAAAAAAUCCUGACACGUUAUUUACAUGACAUUUUAUGACACUUUAAGUAAAGACAUUCUUGAAUUUCCUUGAGGGGAUUAAAAUCUGUGUGUCUGUCAGUAUGCUUUGGACAGAAUAUUGUGUCUUCUCUCCCUGUCCUGGCUGCUCUUGUCUCACCUGGUUCAGCAGAGGACUGGGGAGGAUCUAAAAAGGAUUCAAAAAAUGCUUGACUUGUCAACUUCUUACAUUUGGGCUGGAUUUUUUUUAUAUGAUGAGUGUUCUUAUCUGUGAAACUGUAUAUCUGUCAAACAUUUAUUGUAUUCUUCAAAGUCCCGGAGUUUGUAUUGCAAAAAUAUGCAUUUAUCAAACCAAUUUCUUUCAUUUUUUGUGCUGUUACAAACCACCUCUGUUAAAUGAACAGUUUGUUGAUGUUAAGAAAUAAAAUGACUAAACAUAGA